UAUCCACAACAAAGCGCUUGUUUUGGCCUUUGCAUGUAAUACGUGUGUACGUGUACAGGUCAUCAGAAUUUACAGCAGCAGCAAAAGAUGGGAGGUGGUGAAGUUCUGAGAAAGGGAUGGCUCAUUAAGAGCCCACCUUUAGACAGUGGAGGUAUCAAGGCCUGGCGGAAGCGAUUCUUCAAACUUCGCUCGAGCAAGAUUCUCGAAUACUACAAAUCAGAGGAUGGUGACCUAAAGGGUGUGAUCAACCUCGAAGAUUGCAAGUCUGUAAAUUCUGACCUCUUUCACAAGAAGUAUAAAUACGUGUUUGACAUCGAGACACAUGACAGGGUAUUCUAUCUGGUAGCAUCCUCCUCUGUAGAGAUGACGGAAUGGGUGGAUACUCUUUGCAAUGUCUGCGGCUUCACUCUAAGGAGCGAGCUAACUCCUGCAGAGCAGUCCAAGUCCAUGGGUAGCAUAAAGCACUCCAAGGGCGAUGCUGUCAUCUCUCCACCCGUCUCGACACUACCUCAAAAUGUCAGUGGAAGUCUAUUAAGUGACAAAUUCGGAGUAGUAGAGAAUCAAAGUGAUGUCUACUCACUUGCUUCAGCAGCUCUCUAUGAUGUGCAUACAAAGCUUGGUCGUUCCACAGAGGUCCCUGCAGGAACUUCUCUCUCAGAUGCUCUCACCGCUAAAGGAAUGGCUCCAUCGCCGUAUAACUCCACCUAUAGUCAAGCUACAUGUACACCACUACCUGACGGUGCAUAUUUCUCACCCCGAGAAAACGAUGUAUCAGCCCUGUAUGCUGUCCCAGAUAAGAAAAAUAAACUGCAAAAACAAGACAAAGCUGUGAAAGAUCUCAGUCCAAACCAUCGAGUUCUAAGUAGCACUAAAUCCGAUGCAGGAGCAGUUUUGAGAUCAGAAGAACAGGCACCAAAACUUCCGAGUUCUGCAUCUGUCUCAAGUGGCUUUAGACCGGCAGAAACUAUGGCCAAUGGAUACAUGCGACCUUCACAGUGGACUAGCAACCCAAGACCUGCCAACUACAGUUAUGUAUCUGGUCCUCCGAGACCAGCAGAUGCAUCUUCAGCUACCCAUCGCUCUGCUUUGUUGAAAAUGGAAAAUGACCUUACACCAAGUGAUGACAGAAGAGACUCACCUGAAUACACCAAUUUGAGAGAGCUUCGUGAAGAACUGGGACGAGUCAAUGCACCCCCACAAAUCGAUCGCUCCGUGAAGCCCUCACCGCCUUCAGUUCAACGAAGCUUGAAACCAGGAACAAACUUAGAUAUAGACAGCCUUCCCGCCUCCCCACCAAACUUCCCCAGUCGGACUGGCUCUGUGUCUACUCCCACUAUUGUCGAUGCUACUGAUCUACCCAGACCAUCAAAGAAGACAAUGAAGUACACUCAAUUAGAUUUUCACUCCGAAUCUGGUCAACUGUGUUUUAUUGCUGAUCAGCCAGUUAACGAUACAGCAUCUCUAAGAGCUCCAGUACCCAUACCACGAAGCACCAGCAAGCCAAAGAGAGUUAACUAUUCGGACAUUAACAUUCGGGCGACUGUUGAAAUGGAAACCAAUUCUUCCACGGAGGAGGCUAAGCAGAAGCACAUGAGUCUGGUUGAGGCUGAGGUGGCUGCUCUCGCUGAGAAACCAUAUGUGAAUGUUGCACGAGAUGGACUGCCAGAUGAUGACACUGACCCUGAUUACUACACACACAUGAGAGACCUCCCAGCAGACUCUUUGCUUUACGUUCUCAUGACAAAGAAGGGAGAUGGAAAGUGUGACGAGAACUUGUAUCAGGAGCCAAGAGAGGGCCACUAAUUAACCAAGUGACUGCCUCGGCAUACCCAAGCUUAUUAUACAUGUACAGUCAUGUAUGUCUACUGUGUUUGUGAGUAACGUUAUUAUUUAUGUGUAUUUUUAUCAUCAAAAAUUGAGUAUGUGUAAAUGAAUAUUCCAAUUACAUGUAUCUUAUAUCUUUUUUAUUAUUAUAAUGCUCUUUACCUAAUUAAACACAUAAUUGGAUCUUUAAUCGAA